ACCGCUUCGGUGAACCCAUCGGCGAGCGGGCACGAUGCCGCGAAGUCAAUCUCGGGUGUUUGAGGAUGGGGGGGAGGACAAGAAUCUGAAGGCGCAGAAGAAGUGUUGCGUGUACAAGUACAUCCGCGUGGGACAGAGUCUCGACGAGAGAUUCCGCGGCAAUCGCAUGUUGAAGUGCGUUUUCUGCGGCCACGAGUUCCAGGGCAACCAGUUCGUGGCAGCGCGCUAUUUCUGCCAGGGCAAGGGAUGUCCGGAAGUGACAGACGAGGCACUUGUCGACAUCCACUAUAACAGUGAGUACAAGAUGUCCGAGAAGUUCCUAGAGAGGAUACAGCGAUUUGAGGAGCUUCACGGUGCGGCGCCUGCGGUGGAUCCGCAACGGGACGAGGGGGGGGAGGGAGAGAUGAGGGACGCGGGGGAGCAGAUCAAUGUGGACGACGACGACGAGGAGGUUGCACGGGCGGGGUCUUCAAGGAGGGAGCGAGGGAAGGGCGUUGUCAGCGAGCCGGGGGGGCAGCAGGGCCACUACUUUGCGUCGGCGCACGUGUCGGUUCGUGCACGGGCAGGUGCGGAUACGCCUAAGGCAAGUGCGUCUGCGGGGAAGAGGAAGGAGAGAGAGGAGGGGGACAGACCGACGGCAGCAGCCGCAGCACAGAAGAGGAUGAGACAGAACACGAUCACGGAGUCAUUCACUUCAAAGUGGCAGAUGGAGUUCAAGAAGAAGUGGCUGCGGUUUGUGUACAGUCAACGCCUGGCGUUCAACGUCUUUCGGAGCGAGCCAUGGUUGGACGUCGUCCGACACUUCAGGGACUUGCCGGGGCCAGUGAAGGUGUUGUGGCCUUCAGAGAAUGAGAUCGCGGACAUAGAGACCAUUGUCCACACGGCGGACGAUGUGGGAGCUGAUCUCGUGGAGGUCAGGGCUCCUUUCUAUGUCAUGGGGGCCACCAUUAUGUCAGACGGAAGGAAGUCACGCGAUGCUAGACACAUCGUUAACUUCCUUGCUGGCGGGUCGCGUGGGGUGAUGCUCGUCCGGACGAUGAACAGGGAGGGUGAGCGGGAUCGGGCGCCUGAUGUGUUGGCGCGGUGGAUCAAGGUGUUCGAUGACUUCCCCCCUWAGUGGGUGAAYGCCAUCUGCACYGACUCCGCCUCGGCGUAYGUCGCCGYGRCGAACAUGCUCCAGGGGCCCCAGCAGAGGCCGGAGCAUCGACGGAUCACGUGGCUCCCAUGCGCRGUGCAUGUCUGCAACAAGAUGUUGUCAGACAUUGGCUGUUCGGGCCCAUGGUCCAAGGACAUCAUCAUGAGGGGGAGAGCGGUGGUGCGCUUCAUUAAGGAGCACGGCGGCACUCUCCAUACCUUCCGGGGGGAGAGCAGUCAGAUGGGCCUCAUCUAUCCUUGCGAGACACGUUUCGCAUCCGUGUUCGCGAUGGUGGAGCGUUUGCUGGCAGUGAGGUCAGCUUUGGAGAGGACGGUGGAUGGCGAUAGUUGGGGUAUGGUCCCUUGGGACCAUUCAGUUCGUCAUUUGGCUAGGUGGGUCAGGUGGCAGGUGCGACAUGGCAGUUGGUGGGAUUCCAUGGGCAUCUUGUUCCGUAUCAUGGAGCCUGUGUACAACCUGCUACGCAGGUUGGACCGGGGAGGGCUGCACAUGUCGCGGGUGGUUGAGUGGAAGCAGGAUCUGGCCCGCCAGGUGGCAGAGGAGAUUUGUGCACUUCCGCCAGAUCUUGCACACUACAUUGUGCAGAGGGUGCAGGCUCGAUGCGCUCACAUGCUGGAGCUGGCGCACGCCACUGCUCACCUCCUCUGUCCCAGCCGGCGGGACUUGCGGUACUUCGAGGGCGUGGUCAGCGACUACGACGCGAGCUUGUUGCGCGACUUCCACACAUGGAGGGGGACGAUUGCUUGGGGGGGGAGAGGCGGAGACAGAGAUGCACAAAGGUGCAGGGGCGAUGCGGAGACGUACGAGUCCGGGUGUUGGUGGUCGAGGUACGGGCAGUGCGCCCCGCAGUUGCAGGUUAUCGCUCUUCGUGUGAUGUACAUGUGGACGUGCUCCUCUCCUGCGGAGAGGAAUUGGGCCGUCCACAAGGGUGUACAGACGACGAAGCGUAACCGGCUUGAGUUCGAGAAGGUCGAGAAGUUGGUUGAGAUCUCAGCCAACGUCCGCUUUCUAUCUCAUCAGCGAGCAGGUCGCGGGUUCGCGCUGCCGUGGACUCUAGAUGAGUCGUUGUUGGACGUGGAGGGAGGUAUCGGGAUUCGCCCCUCGUGGAAGGGGACGGACGAGAGUAGAACGAGGGAGGAGGUCGAGGAUCAGAGACGUUCAUGGCUGCGAGACCCAUGUGGGUCCAGAGCUCCUCCGGGUGAUGUGGGCGAUGUUUUCGGGACUCGAGCCGCCACAUUGCACCCGUACCCUCGAGACGACAGUGAUUCCGAGGGUCAUGAGGACGAGGACGAGCCGGCGGGCCCCGCUAGCACCACUCCUGCGGCGGAUGAGCGUGAUGAGUGGAGCGACCCAGAGGACGUCCGUAGACGGAGUGGCGGAGAUGACCUUUUCAUUCAAGUUGAUUUGGAGGAGGAGUCUAGGGGUCGUCAUGGGAGCCCUUUAGAGCGUCCGAGGCCUACGUCCACCGUUUCGCUUCCCGCUGAGCGGGAGAAAGAUCCUGGGUCUGCACCUUCGAGGGGGGCAGAGUCGGGGAUUGGCCAUCGUCCUCUGGGUCGCUCUGGCACGACAUCAUCCACCGCUCUUCCCACUUCGAUGGAGCAGCUUCAUCGACAGCCAGCCGUCGCAGAUCGAUUGCAGAGAUUGGGGUUGGUUGGUGGAGAUGGUGGUGCGCUGGCCGGAGGUGGAGGCGGUGCCGAGGCUGAUGCGGCGGUUGAGGGGAUACCGAUGGGCGGCGGAGGCGGUUUCAGUGAGUUUGGCGAUAUGGGUAUGCCCCCGGGAGAGAGUGUGGGUCUGGCCCUAGGAGAGAGCGAGUCCCGUGGGGACAUCAGUGUGGGUAUGCAGGACUUAUUGGGACAGAUCAGCUUCGCGGACCCGAGUAGUUUCUCCCCUGCCAUGCGCGUAGAGGAGCUCGCCCGUCUUGCAGCCGAGGACCGACAGAGGCAGCUGGGGACAUUUACGCCGGCGUCUGUUGACACGGGGCCAGCUGCCCACACGGAUACUCCGGCAGAGGUUCAUGACCCGACGCAGCGGGAGGCAGCUUCGGCAGAGGUUUCGAGUACGGGAGUGGAUGUCCAGCAGGGGACGCACGAGAGCGGGUUGGCACCGACAGAGGAGCCACGUUCGGAGACGGCGCAGCAUCCUGCCAUGGAGCGGAGGCCAGAGGAGACAUUGAAGGAGGUCGCGGGCGUGCCUCUGCCUGCGGGUUCAGUCGAGGGUGCCGUGCAUAUGUCCCCGGGUCUGGAGGACAUGCCGACGGGGCAGUCAGUGGGCGUUGAUGAUAUUCGCCCAUCGGCACAGGUGGAGGGGAUAGCGCCGACCACCGGGGGGGACGGGGCCAUAGCGGGGACCGUUGGUGCUGGUGGGUCGGGGGUGCCGUCCGCGGCCGAUCCGAUGUCCACGUCUGGUGGGGGAGACCCCGCACAGGUGGACAGGCGUGACGCGGACGGACAGGAGAUGUCACAGAUUUUGGUGGUUCGCACUGCUGUGGGGCCAGUGGUGCCACAUCAGGCACCGUUUUUGGAGGGUUUUAGGCGUCCUGCACAUGGCGGUGGCCCGGUCGAGGAGCGACGUGUAGGCAGGGGCGCGUGCAUACCCCCGGUCCCUACUUUUGCGCCGUCACGGACGAGGCCGGAGAUUAGGCAUGUGGCUACGCCUCGAGGCAGCCUCCCUUUUGGUUUUAUGACCGCUGAGGAGUUGGAGGACCACGGCAGGAGGGAUUUGACGGAGAUCGACCAGCGCGUUUUGAGGUCAGUCCCAGGGGAGGGGAAGCUGCCUCACGUGCAGGACUUAUCUUGGGGGCCAGCCAGCCCCAACUUACCUUCUGGGUGUUCCGUCGCAGCGCCAUCUGGAGGGGCUGCAGGGGGCUUACCUUCUGGAGGUUCCGUCGCAGCGGCAUCGGGCGGGGUCGCAGGGGACUUACCUUCUGGAGGUUCGGUCGCAGCGCCAUUUGGAGGCGCCGCAGGCCCUUCGUCACCCUUGAGCGCAGCUCCGAGGGAGGGCGGUAGCCUCACCCCGAGGUCAGUUGCCCGUAGACGGAGAGACACUACCCAACGUGCGCGGGAGUUGCUGGAUACCAUGUUGUUCGGUCGCACAGAUCGACCAUGGAGUGAGACGAGACGGGUGACGACGGCGAGUGCCGGUCGUCAGCCAGGUUUGAUAGGGGUUUCCACGAGCGCGAGACGUCGAGAUGUUCUAGCUGCAAGGUUUGGCGGUAGAGGGGGUGGCGGCGGUGGCAGUGGUGGUGACGGUGACGACAGACGUGAGGGUGUAGGCGGUGCCACGAUGAGCGCAGUGGAUCCGCCGCGGACGUACGGUUUGAGAGAGGCGUCGAUUAUUUUGGAGGAGCCUGAUGUUGUUACACGACUGAGGCAGACCCGACACGUGCCCUUAGAUCGACGCCAGGAGGGGGAGACUUCAGGGACUGACGGUCUGCCUAUGGCACGCGAGGCACGCCGACGUGAUGACCUAGCAGCAGCAGCCAUCAGGACGGUGAGAGGCAGGAGAGUCAUUAUGGACGACGAUCCCGACGAGCUUCCCUUCACUCCCGAGCCUCCCGCUGGCGGACGCGGCGGCCAGUGUCAGAGAGAUCGAGAAGGCGGCAGGGGUCGGUCCCACGGAGGAGUUUCUCAUCAGUCCCAGCGAGAUCCGCGUGCGCACGACGAUCGUUGACGGAUUAUGGACUUGCAUUUUCAUGACUUUCUCAGUGUACUUUAGUUUGUUGUUAUCCAUGA